AUGAGCCACAGGACCUCCUCCACCUUCAGAGAGGAGAGAAGCUUCCAUUCCUCCUCGUCCUCCUCAGCCUCGUCCUCCUCAGCCUCCCGCGCCCUCCCGGCCCAGGACCCGCCCAUGGAGAAAGCCUUGAGCAUGUUUUCCGAGGAUUUUGGCAGCUUCAUGAGGCCCCACACUGAGCCCCGGGCCUUCCCAGCAGCCUCCCUCACAGCCUGUCCCGGGGGGCCGGGCAACAUCAAGACUCUCGGGGACGCCUAUGAGUUUGCAGUGGACGUGAGUGACUUCUCACCUGAGGACAUCAUUGUCACCACCUCCAACAACCACAUCGAGGUGCGGGCUGAGAAGCUGGCAGCCGAUGGCACAGUCAUGAACACCUUCGCUCACAAGUGCCAGCUGCCCGAGGACGUGGACCCCACUUCAGUGACCUCGGCCCUGAGGGAGGACGGCAGCCUCACCAUCCGGGCCCGGCGUCACCCACACACGGAGCACGUCCAGCAGACCUUCCGGACAGAGAUAAAAAUCUGA